AUGAAACCAAAUACUUUAAUUUUGACUUUACUGAUUGUUCUAUGUCUUUUCUCAUUGGCGACUAGCUUGCCGAUUAACAAUAAAAAAGUUCAAAAACCUCCGCCACCUAAAAAAAUUAAAAUUCAAAAACCUCCGCCACCUAAAAAAGUUAAAGUUCAAAAACCUCCGCCACCUAAAAAAGUUAAAGUUCAAAAACCUCCACCACCUAAAAAAGUCAAAGAAGAAAAAGAAGAAGCAAUGGACGCGACUCGGUACGGAAUUAAUAAACCACAAACCUCUGGCAGAAGGCCGAAAAGAUCAAUUGGAAUUUAA